AUGCACGGUAGGGCUAAAAGUAAUAAACUAAUAUUAACAGAAGAAAAGAAGAUAUUAAUAAAUCAAGCAAAAUGCCUUUUAGAAAAGUGUGUAGAAAAUAUAAAUUCAACUACACAACCUGCUAAAUUAAUGGAUUUAACAUUAAGAAUAUUUAAAACUAAUGUUGAAAUUUCUAGUUUAUGGAAUUUUAGGAAGUGGUACAUUUCAAAUAUAUAUAAUUCUAAUUCUAAAGAAGGUUUUGAUACCAUUUUAUGUGAGUUAAAACUUACAGAAGAUCUACUAUUUGGAAAUCCUAAAUCUUAUUCAUUAUGGUAUCAUAGAGUAUGGAUAAUUGUAUACUUAAUAGAUCCAGAAAAGAGUAAAUAUUAUAAUAUACCUCAAGGAAUAAAAUAUAAUAAUAAUUAUUUUGUUAAUUAUUGGAGAAAUAUAUAUGACAAAACUAAGGAUAUUAAUUAUAAUAGUAACAAUAAUGAUGAUAAGAUACCUAAUAAUUACAAAUAUUUAGACUCUGUGGAAACAAUUCAUAAAGAUUCUGAAGAUACAUAUAAUAUUAAUAAGAAUAUAGAAUCAAAAGAUUUAAGUAAAGAAGAUAAUUAUUCUAAAUCUCAUAUAUUAUCUAUUGUAAAGAUAUUUAAAGAUGAAUUAAAUUUGUGUGAAAGAUUUUUACAAUUUGAUGAUCGUAAUUUUCAUUGUUGGAAUCAUCGUUUAUUUUCAUUAACGUGUUUAACUAGAAUGUGUUAUUUAUAUCCAAUGAUCUAUAAUUCUUAUCCUGAAUUUAGAGAUAUUGGUAAAUCAGAAAUUGCUUUAACAAAGCAAUAUAUUGAAGAUAAUUUUUCCAAUUAUUCAUCUUGGCAUCAAAGGAUACUCUUGAAUAAUACUCCAAAUUUAAGUAUUAUUGAAAAUAUAGAAGAUUUAAAAUUGGAGUUAGACUUAAUACAUCAAGCUAUUUUUACAGAACCAAAUGAUCAAAGUAUAUGGCAAUAUUAUCAAUGGUUAAUAGAGGAUAAAUUUCCUAAAAUAAUAUUAAAUAAGGUGAAUUAUAUAAAUUGUUGUUUUUAUAUAUUAAAGGCAACUUUUAUAUCUAGUAAUAAGUCAAAAUUUGAGUUUGAAUUUUCUCAAGCAUGUGCUAUUGAUACUGAGAAAUCUUAUAUAUACUUUGAAGAUAACGAAAUAUAUAAAAUUAAGGGUUCUUGGAUUAUAGUAAAUAAUAAAACGAAAUUAAAACCACUAAUUAAUAAUAGAUUACCUAGAGAAUAUUUAAAUAAUUUACAACUUAUAUCAAAAAAUUGGUUAUAUAUAGUGGAUGAAGAAUUUCAAAAUUUUAAUAAAUUUGAAGCUAAAUUAAGACAAAGUAUUUAUGUUAACAUAGUAAUAUCCCAAAGAUCAGGACAAAUAUAUAGUAACAAGGUAGAUUGGAUUUAUCCAAAUUCCUUAAACCAACAUUUUGGCUUAAGAGAUAUCCAAAUAGAAAAUAAAUUAGAAACAAAAUUAGAUAUAAAUGAAAUUGCCUCAUUUAUAUUAUAUAAUAUUCAAGAUAACAAUAAAAGUAAUUUAAAUAUACUUGAGUAUAAAUCAAAGUUGAAUUUAAAGGAUAUUCCAGAAAAAUUAGUUAAUGAGUGGAUUGAUACUUUAAUUCAAGAAUGUGAUCUAUUAACAGAAAUUAUAGAAUUAGAACCUGAUUGUAAAUACCCAAUAUUAACUAGAAAUCUUAUCUAUUUUAUAUUACAAGUAAUUUUACCCAAUAAUAAUAAGAUUAAUAAAAAUAUAGAUAUAUACAUUGAUGAGUAUAAACAUCUUCAAAAAAUAGAUGAAUUAAGGAGUGGUUAUUAUCAAAAUCUUAGUAGAAAUAUAGAGAAUAUAUUAAAGUAA